AUGGAAGCUUCUAGCCGCCAUACGGUCUUCAUCGAGAAGGACCAGCUGGUUGGGCCUUCUCCCCCACCUCCCUCUACCAUUUUUCGCAGCUCCCAAACUACAAAGCGUUCAGCAGUGAAGCCAACGAAGUCGGAGCAUAUCAAACAGGAGCCAUUUAUCAAAAAAGAACAGUCAUCUCCUGUCUCCAAACCCCGAAUUGUAAUCACGAAUACAACGGGGGAUGAGAGACUUGUUCCUGAAAUUUCUGGCUCCCCAUGGAAGCAUUACAAAAAGAAAUACAUCAUCAAGCACUGGUACCCCUUAGGGGUCAUUACUGCGAGGAUAACGGAUGAACCCUUCAUGAUUCGAACCAUCACAGGCCCCAAUAUUGAUCAACAAGUAGACAAUAUUUGCCGGCUUACUCAUCCCAAUAUUAUUGUUUCGGGGGCCAAAUACUUGCUUGAGCAGAGGCUCAUUCUUGAGGACAUGUCAUGCAGCUCUAUCAUGGUAACUUUCAAGGGCGAGGUCAAGAUCGGCAAUAUUGAGCAUUGCAAGCACGAUGGCAGUUUGUCCCAGUUUUCAGAAUCGUUCAGUAGAAUCGUGAUGAAUCUGAUGGAUAAGACAAGACCUCGCAGCGGGCCUAUUGGGCUCACCAAUCUGGAUCAUUGGUCAGCAGAAGCCUUCAACUUCUUCACCUUUACAACGUCCUUGCCCAGUUUAGAUAAACUUCAAGCCCAUUCCUUCCUCGAGAAUAGGCGCCAUCAAGACCUGCUAUGGGUCAUACCGUAUGUCUUGGUUUCGUCAAGGCAUUUUCUUGAUGAAUUUGACGACGAAAAUAUGAAGGAAGGCGGGGUACCGAGCGAGGGCAGUCUCAAUUAG